AUGAAGGGGGAUAAAAAGAAACCUAAGAACGUAAAAAUAUACCAGACGAAUUGUGAACAAUUAAGUCAAAAUUCUCUAAUAGAAGAUGUUUUAUUCACUAAUAUACCAAAGAUAGAUGAUGAACCGACGAUACAAGGUGUCAAAAGAGAAUUAAAACAGAGACAUAUAGCUAUGAUUGCUCUGGGAGGGACUAUUGGUACAGGACUUUUUAUUGGUAUAGCACAACCAUUAAUGAACGCGGGUCCUGUAGGAAGUCUUAUUGCUUAUCUUUUUAUGGGAACUGUUAUAUUUUCUGUAACUCAGUCGUUGGGGGAAAUGGUAACUUUUAUUCCUGUGACUUCUUCAUUUACUGUGUUUUCUUCACGAUUUUUAUCACCCGCAUUUGGAGCUGCAAAUGGUUAUAUGUAUUGGUUUUCAUGGGCAGUGACUUUUGCUGUAGAAUUAAGUGUUGUAGGUCAAGUAAUAUUUUUCUGGACAGAAAAGGUUCCAAUAGUAGCAUGGAUAUCCAUAUUUUGGGUUUUGUUAACUAUUUUUAAUAUGUUUCCUGUUCGUUAUUAUGGAGAAAUUGAAUUUUGGAUUGCAUUUAUAAAAGUUCUGUCUAUAACGGGGUUUAUAAUUUUUUGUAUAUGUAUGGUGUGUGGUGCAGGACCAUAUGGACCAUUUGGUUUUAGGUAUUGGAAGAACCCUGGUUCGUGGGGCCCAGGUAUUAUAUCUUCAAAUAAAAAUGAAGCGCGUUUUCUUGGUUGGGUAUCAUCUUUAAUUAAUGCAGCAUUCACAUACCAAGGAACAGAAUUAGUUGGAGUCACAGCAGGAGAAGCAUCUAAUCCUAGAAAAACAGUUCCAAAUGCAAUUAAAAAAGUGAUAUUUCGAAUAUUGAUUUUCUAUAUAUUAUGUCUAUUUUUGGUUGGUCUUUUGGUUCCUUAUAAUGACCCCAAGCUGACAAGUGUGACAACAUAUGUGUCAAAGUCUCCAUUUAUUAUUGCUAUUCAAAAUUCUGGUAUUCCUUUCCUUGAUAGCAUAUUUAAUGGUGCAAUAUUAAUUACUAUAGUCUCUGCUGGGAACUCCAAUGUUUAUGUCGGAUCACGUAUUUUGUAUGGGUUGGCUAAAAAUGGUUCUGCACCUAAAUUUUUUAAAAAUACGACAAAAACAGGAGUUCCAUAUAUUGCAGUGUUAACUACUUCAAUGUUUGGUUCUUUAGCAUAUUUAGAAUUAUCUAUCAGUGGUGGUACUGCAUUCGAAUGGUUGUUAAAUAUUGUUAGUAUUGCGGGGUUCUUUGUAUGGCUCUUAAUUUCAGUAGCGCAUAUUCGGUUUAUGCAAGUACUCAAGUAUCGAGGUAUCUCAAGAGAUGAUUUGCCAUACAAAGCUAAGUUAAUGCCAUGGUUGGCGUAUUAUGCGAUAUUUUUUAUUGUAAUAAUUAUCAUAACUCAGGGAUUUACAUCAUUUACACCGCAAUUUAAUACAGUUGAUUUCGUUGCAUCAUAUAUUUCCUUAUUUUUAUUUAUAUUUAUUUGGUUGGCAUUUCAAAUUUGGAAAAGGUGUAGAAUUAUUUAUAAACUAUAUGACAUUGACAUAGAUACUGAUCGCGAGCUGAUUGAUGCAAUGCAAUGGGAAGAAGAAGAAGAACAGCAACAUAUUCUGAAAAAAUUUUGGUCUUCCAUUUUUUAG